GGAUCUCUCCAACCAGCACAAGUCCUUGAGGACAACAGAGCUCACAAGCUUCUAGCCAAGAGCCAAUAAGAAACCAGAAAGAAAGCACUUCGUGUGAACAUGACUUCCAAGCUGGCUGUCGCUUUCUUGGCCGCUUUCGUGCUUUCUGCAGCUCUAUGUGAAGCUGCAGUUCUGUCGAGAAUAAGCACAGAACUUCGAUGCCAGUGCAUAAAAACACAUUCUGCACCUUUUCACCCCAAAUUUAUCAAAGAACUGAGAGUGAUUGAGAGUGGACCACACUGCGCACAUACAGAAAUCAUUGUAAAGCUCGUGAAAGGAAAUGAGGUCUGCCUGAACCCCAAAGAAAAGUGGGUGCAGAUGGUUGUGCAGGCAUUUUUGAAGAGAGCUGAGAAGAAAGAUCCAUGAAAAAGAAAUGCAUUCUCCAUGGUUUCCAAGAAUUCCUCAGUAAAGAUGUCUAUGAAACUUCAA